ACACUAUUUAUUCAAACACCUAACUGUAAGCGUGUUUCUUGGCAGUUGCUGGAAGCCAAGUGUAUGAAACUGGAGCUACUGCUUUGUGGGCUGCCGUGGUAGGAGGUCAUUUCGAUGUUGCAAACUACCUCGUGUCCAAGGGCGCCAACGUCAACGCCACAACCAGAUCCAAGACCACAACGUUGUUCGCGGCCUGCUCCCAGGCACGCCUCGACCUCGUCAGACUCCUGGUGGAGAAUGGAGCAGGUGAGUGUCACAGCAGUAACCGCUAGUUUUAAGAUUGAUCACCAUGACGAGGGAAGUGAGACUAUCUUUGACAUAAAGUGAAACACAUCGAAAUUCAUCUUAGAUUUUGAGUAUUCAUUCACUGACCUAUUUUCAGACCUUGAUCAGACUAAUGCACUCGGAAGCACAUCCCUGAUGCGGGCAUGCAAUAGAGGUAAUCCAGUGUUGGUCAGAUACCUCAUUGAAAUCGGGGCCGAUGUGGACAAGCAGAGGAUAGACGGGAUAACUGCUUUGCAUGAAUGCGCCGAAAAUGGUCACCUCGAAGCAGUUAAGUUGUUGCUGGAUCAUUAUGCAUACAUCACUCCUGAUAUUUUCGGCGAAACACCUUUACUCAGUGCUAGCUUAAAAGGACAUGCUCACGUCGUCGAGUACAUGAUUUCCAGAAGGGAGCUGAUCUCCCAGGAAGACAGGAUCAAGGCUUUGGAGCUUCUUGGUGCGACCUUUGCUGACAACAGGAGGGAUGUGGCCAGAGCUGUCAUGUACUGGGAAAGGGCCAUGAAUGCGAGGCGUGACAAUGAUAUCCCAGUCAACACAGAGGCCGACGAUCCUCGCUUCAGCCAGUAUUUCCAGGAAGUGACGACGCCCCAGCAACUGGAAGAGAUAAGUUUCAGCCGAGACGGAAUUGCGAUCCAGUCGAUGCUGGUGAGGGUCAGGCUGCUGGGUUACACGCAUCAUGCCGCGUAUAACGACAUACGACGCAAAGGGGAUAAGUUCUCUGCUGCUGGAGAUGUCGAGCAAUGCGUCGUCCUCUGGAUGCGCACCCUGGAAGCUCACCAGAAGGCUCUGGAAUCACUAGACCUCAGGAGGCUCCUCUUCCUCACGGCUCUGACCGAUCUAUUCACAUCUAUGGUCCUCAGGGAUCAAGAAUUCCACGAUAAUAUGUAUUUCGAGGAUAUCCUGCGCCUGUUCGGAAACUGCUGCAAGGAAGUAGAAAUUACGAUGGCGCAUGAAAUUACCUCCGCCAGCCGAUAUGCGUACUUCCAUUACCUUGAUCGUGUCAUCCCCAUGGCAAUGCAUUUGAUUUUGGUCCUGUCAAAGUUUGAACCUUCUAUUUCAUCUGCCCAGCUGCUAGCAGUGAAAAGGUUAGUGUACAGGUUAGUCAAAUUAGAUCCCAGAGAUUCCGCAGGCCGGGCUCUUCUGCAUUUGGCCUGCGCUGUCGGUUUCAUCUUCCGUACUGGUACGCCUGUGGUCUCGACCUUCCCCAGUCUAGAAGUUGUAAACGUCCUGCUGGAAACUGGAGCCGAUCCUUGCGCGAUGGAUCAUGACCGCAACACACCACUCCACGCCCUUGGCAUGAAUGAAGUGUGCCCCCGAGAGAUACUGGAUGCUUUGCUCUCAGCGGGCGGCCACUUGGACGCCGUGAAUAAGGAAGGGCUAAGCUUCGUGAACUUGAGGGUCUUCCAUGGGGAGAAGCCGCACCAGUUAGUGAACCCAGUCCGCCACACUUCCCUGCAAUGUCUGGCCGCGGCUGCCGUUCGGAAACAUGGCAUCAAAUACAAGGACGUGGUGCAUCCUCGACUGGAGCGAUUUGUCGAUAUGCAUUGAUUCAUGAACGCCUUGUAAUGUGUUGUACAUAGACCUACUAAGUUAUUCUGUUAUGUAUAUAUUUUGUAUAUUUCUGGUAAAGUACUCUCGAGCAGAUUCAAACGUUCACGUCCUGAACUCUUCAUUCAUUAUGUAAUUCAAAUACGAGUUUUGUUACUUUGAAUCACAGAAGUGUCAUAGCAUGUUUAAGCCUUGUUCAUACGAAUAUUUGUGAUCUAAAAAAAACGUUUCCUUGUAUAUUUUAAAGAAUGAGGUUCUUCCGAGUCGUGUAUGAAUGUAUAGACGUUUUCUACUUUUCGUAAAGGCUUUUUAAGACUUAAUCUCUUUGCAUGAGCGUUUAAAAGUGUAAUCAAGCAGUUAAGUGGAAGUUUAUAUUAACAUGUAUGUAAGUGCCUCCAUGUUUUUAUUGGUAAAAAAAAAAAACAUUCUAACAAUAACAUUUGUAUUCAUACAUGAGACUUGACACUUUCUAGGUAUAACAAUAAAAUUUUAUGUAACGUUUAAAAGUGUAAGCAAGCGGUUGAGUUUUUAUUACUUGUAUGUA